AUGAAAAAAGGAGCAGAUCCAGUUCUUGUAUUUUGGAAGGCUUUCGGUAUUUUCUAAGAGGGCAGUGUAACUGAGGCCAUUCGCGAACUUUCAAGAGUUUAGGAAAGGAGGGAAGUCCAAUUCGCAGCUGCCACCGCUCUUAUCUACUAUCACGAGAGAUGCAGACAUAUCGAUUAGGAGACAAUCGAUACACUUACAAUAACUCUUGAUGAGAAGGAGUCAAUGGCAUCCGAUAAAGACUUAAUCUCAGCUGCCACCUUCUUAUGGCACACUCAACAGUUUAAGAAAGCUGGCUAAGUUGUUUAAAAGGUUAUGGACAAUAAUGCAAACUCAUUGGCAGCUCAGACUAUUAAGGGUUGGAUCUACCUUUCAGCCCCCAAAGAAGAAUACUAGCAGAAGAGUCUGUAGUUCUUUGAAAAUGUGCUUAAUGAAGAAGAGGGAGGCAACCACAAGUAUCUCGAAGCUAUGCUUGGAAGAGCUAAGGUCUAUGAAAAGCAAAAGAAGUACGAUAUAGCUCUGGAAAUUCUUAGUGAAGUCAGCGUCUGCUAUAAGAGCUUUAACCCUGCUUUCAUCGAGAAGUCAAAGAUUCAUAUAUUUAAUGGAGACUGGGAUCAAGCACUCGAAACUAUUUAGAAGGUUAUGAUUGAGGAAAGGUAAAAUGUUGAAGCACUUAGAAUCUACAUUUUCUACCUUUUAUCAAGAGAGACAGAUCUAGCUUUAGUUGUUGAUAAAAUGACUGAUCUUUUAGAGGCAAUGAGACAACAAGAACCUAAGAAUGCAGAACUCUACUACAAUCUCUCUAGAUUAUUUGCUAGAUUCUGCGGUAGAAAAGAAGUAGUACUUAAAAAGACAAUGUAAAUGCUAGAAUUAGCAAUCUCUCUCAACCCAGAAAACUCACUGUUCCAUUCUGAAGUCGGUUACUAAAAGCAAAUGCUAGGUGACUACGCUGGAGCAUACACCACUUAUCAAAAGGCAACAUCUCUAGAUGAGACUAAUAUGACUCCUCUCUACGGUAUGAUUUACUGCCGCAUUAGACAGGAAAUGCUUGAUGAUGCUGAACAGCAACUAGAAUUCUUAAAUGAAAUAGGAGAUUCACUUGGCAAGACUGCUGAUCACGUUUAUCUGGAGGCAAUCAUUGAGUGGAGGAAAAAGGGUAACAGAGACAUUGCAAUCAAACUGCUUGAUUAAGCUUUGAACUUACACAUCUCCUCUACUAAGACUGCAAGCGGCAAUCUCGAGUUCUACAUUAAACUGAACGCUGACUUCCUUAUGGAACUUGCUUAGGAAUAUUUAGUGCACUGCGGAUCUAAACCAAUCCUUGCUAACUCUCAACCACCUAAGUACUUAAUUAAAGCCAUCAAACUACUUGAAAAUGUAACAAAGUAAAACUGCGGACUCACUGAUGCACAGCUCUUACUAGCUAAGGCUAAAUGGCUAGCUAAUGAUACUAAUUCAGCUCUGAGAGAGUUAUAUAACUGCUUAUAGAAAGAUCCAACUAUGGUAGAAGCACAUGUGCUAGCUGCUUUAAUUAACUGUGAAUCAGGGAAUACUAGAGCUGCUGAAAAUGCCCUAGAGUAAGCAUUUGCUUAGGAUUUCAAGAUCAGAGAGAAUCCAGUAUUCAUGUUAAUGAGAUCAGAAGUAGAAAUGAAGUAAGCCAAGUGGGGUGAAGCAGUAAAAACUCUAGAGUAAGCUUAUGAGUUACCAGGAGUUAAAGAUCAAUUGAUGGUAGGAGACUCUAAAGCUAAGAAAUACUCUUUGCCCUUCGGUCAAGAAGAAAGAGCCAGAAUCUUCCUUAACCUAGUUCAAGCUCAUUGUGAGAACAAGAACUUUGAUGCAGCUAAGAGGAUCUUGUCAAGAGCAGUUGGAGAGUUCUCAGGAACUCCAGAGGAAGUAAGAGUGAUGCUAGCAUAAUCAGAUCUUGCCAUGAAAAUGGGAGACACAAAGAAGGCACUAAACAUGCUUAAGAAGAUCACACCUGAUAACCGCAGUUUCGUUCAGGCAAAAAAGAAGCAAGCACAGUUAUAUCUCGAUGAGUUGAAGGACAGAAAUAACUACACCAGAUGUUACCUUGAGAUACUAGAUGCUGAUGCCUCAGUCAACAACUACAAGAUGGUAGCAUAGGCACUCAUGGACAUCCAAGAACCUGAAGAUGCUAUUCAAUAUUACGAGAAGGCACUAGAAUUAGAUCCAGAUGAUAACAUAUUGGUAAGAGAAGUGGGAAGAGCUCUAGUUAUGACUCAUGACUAUAAGAGAGCCAUCAAAUUUAAUGAUGACUUCUAGCUUGACCUCAGAACUGAUCUAGCUGAUCUCUAUAUUAAAUUAAGAGCUUAUGAGGAUGCUAAGAGAGUUCUCAUAGAAGCCUUGAAAUUCUUGAAAGAUUAGAAACCUGAUAUUGACAUGAAGUCCAAGAAUGUUCACUAUCUUCUGAUGAUGUCUAAAGUGUUCUUAGAGGAAGACAUGCAGAGCCCAGAUUGGAGAUUCAAAGAGAAUAUCGAUGCCAAGCAAGCACUUAUAGAGGCAAGAGCUCUAUAGACCGAGGUAAUUGAACUUUGCAGAGAACUGUCUAGCGACAGACUAGAUCAGGAGAGGCAUCUCGCAGCUGAGAUCUCAUUCAAACUUGCUAAAUAUCUCGAAGAAAGAGAUGGCAAUCUAGCUGAUGCCAUUACUGCUUAUAACGACUGUCUCUCAAGGAAGGAAGAUCAUCAGGAUGCCAUAUUCUCACUUGCUAGAUUAUACCAGAAUAUGGGAAACAAUGAUCAGUGCACCUCUUACUGCUACAGGCUGCUCAAGAUCGAUCCUAGCAAUCAUAAUGCUUCAUACAUGCUUGCUAAUCUGAUGCUAAUGAAGGAAAAGACCGAUGAUGCCAUCCAGAUUUACAUGUAACUUCUAGACAAGAAGCCAGAUAAUUUUAAUGCAUUAGCUUAACUUAUUGAACUCCUUAGAAGAGCUGGAAGACUGCCAGAUGUUCCAAAGUACCUAGAUAAAGCUGAAAAAGCAGCAGCAAGAUCUUCAAUGGCCGGCUUAGCCUUUACUAAGGGUCUUUACCACAGAUACCAAGGAGAGCCACAAGCUGCUCUAAAGGAACUAAAUAUAGCCAGAUUCGAUAGUUUCUUUGGAGAAGCUGCCAUCUCAAACAUGAUCGAUAUAUAUCUAAACCCCAUUAACGACAUGAUUUAUAGUUCAGUCGAGACUUCCGACUAUCAAACCUCUCCAGAUAAUAUCCGAGCUGCUUAGGAUCUGAUCCGUGAGCUAAACAACCGUGGAGUAGAUACUUCCAUUAUUGAGUGCAAUGCUCUCAUCCAUACUAAGAAUAAGGGAAGUUUAGAACUAGCUGCUAAGAAGCUUUAAGAUAUUCUUAACAAAAACAAGGAGUAUGUUCCUGCUCUAGUAAACAUGGCACUCUGCAAAUUCUUAUAGAAGAAAACUACUGAUGCCAGAAAUUAUCUGAAAACCUGCCUUAAGAACGAGUUCUAGCUGUAGUUCGCUGAAUACUAUGAAAAGGCUUGGCUACUGCUAGCAGACUUCUUUAUCUCUAACAAUAAGUAUGAUUUAGCUGAGGCUGAACUUGGAAAAUGCCUGAAAUAUAACAAAUCAAUGUCCAAGGCUGAGGAAUUUAUGGGUUUUAUUAAGGAAAAGGAAAAAAUAUAUGUAGAUGCAGCGGGACACUAUGAAGUGGCUUGGUAGAUGAGUAAUAAAAGAAAUGCAACCGUUGGGUUCAGACUCGCUUUCAACUACAUGAAGGCCAACAGAUUCAUCGACGCGAUCGACGUGGGGAAGGACAUACUGAAGGUGUACCCCGAGUACCCGAAGGUGCACACUGAUAUAAUAGCGAAGGCGAGGUCGAUGAUAAAGGCAUGA